AUGGUUUCUAAACCUUUAGCGGAAAUGCUUGCUCGGAACCUCAGCAAGUUCGCACCGACUUAUCAAGCACCUCCCGGGUUGAUGCAGCUGGCGACGAAAAUAAGGGCUUCAGGCGAAGGCGUGGUAGUCCUUUCGUGCUCCGACCCACGCUUGAAUCCCUACCAGAUUCUCGGCCUCGACAGUAGCCUGCCGGCCACCAUGGUUCGCAACGCGGGUGGUAGGGCCUUUGACGCCAUCCGCACACUCUCGGUCCUCCAGACAAUCGGACGCCCGGGCACCAUCGUCGUCAUGCACCAUACGGACUGUGGAAUGAGUCAUUUUCACGACGCCGAUGUCAAACGAGCACUUCUGGAAAUCAACCCCGACGCAGGUGAAUUGAUACAGUCUAUGGAGUUUGGCGAGAUCAAAAACGGGUAA